CUUUCCUGUUGCUCGCCAGUUAUCACUUACCACUCUCCCUUUUCUCCCCGUUCUCCCCUGUAUGCUCUACUCUCACAGCUGAAAGAAACCCAUCUCGUCUCAUUUCCCACAAUCAGGAAACGAGAAGCGAGGAAAUCUUCUGACUAGAAGAGGAUGGGUACAUUAGGAAAGGCGAUCUACACUGUUGGAUUCUGGAUUCGAGAGACUGGUCAAGCCCUUGAUCGUCUCGGCUGCCGCCUGCAAGGCAACUAUUACUUCCAGGAACAACUGUCUAGACAUCGAACGCUUAUGAACAUUUUUGAUAAAGCUCCUGUUGUUGAUAAAGACACAUUUGUGGCUCCAAGUGCAUCCAUCAUUGGGGAUGUUCAGGUGGGGCGAGGGUCCUCAAUUUGGUAUGGCUGUGUUUUGAGAGGAGAUGUGAACAGCAUCAGUGUCGGGUCAGGAACUAAUAUACAAGACAACUCCCUUGUGCAUGUUGCAAAAUCUAAUCUAAGUGGGAAAGUCUUACCAACUAUUAUUGGAGACAAUGUUACUGUAGGUCACAGUGCUGUCCUUCAUGGCUGUACUGUUGAGGAUGAGGCAUUUGUUGGUAUGGGAGCAACUCUGCUUGAUGGUGUGGUAGUUGAAAAACAUGCUAUGGUCGCUGCUGGAGCCCUUGUGAGGCAGAAUACCAGGAUUCCAUGUGGAGAGAUAUGGGGAGGUAAUCCAGCAAAGUUUCUGAGGAAGCUUACGGAAGAAGAGAUAGCAUUUAUUUCUCAGUCAGCUAUCAAUUAUUCCAAUUUAGCCCAGGCCCAUGCAGCUGAGAAUGCAAAGACCUUUGACGAGAUUGAGUUGGAAAAAGUGCUUCGUAAGAAAUUUGCUCGCCGAGAUGAGGAGUAUGAUUCAAUGCUUGGUGUUGUCCGUGAAGUCCCUCCACAGCUUAUCCUUCCUGACAGUAUCCUUCCUAAAGAAUCAACAAAGGCUUCAUAAAAGUUAGGUUGUCCUAAGAUAGGUAAUCUUCCUUUUGAGAUUUUAGCAUCAAGGAUAUUUGUUGUAAUGUGCUGAUUUAUGUAGAUUAGGUUCGCUCUUCUCCAAUAAUUUUUUGGGACCCAUCCAUGUCAAGGAUCAAUUUGGGGCUAUACACUCUUGUUUCAUGGAAUCCUGUUUCCUGAUUCCAGAGAACGUAAUGCUACAUUGCAACAAGUACUUUGAUGUUAUUUUCGCUUUAACUAAGACCAAGUUAUCAAUUUUUUUGUACCUCUUUUUCAGAUCAGAGCUUUCAUUGAUCUGUUCUUUAUUUUGGGAUGGUUUGGAUUAUGAUGGAAAUAAUUAAAUUCUCCAUGAAACUUCA